AGCGCUGCUAGCGUGGCGGCGCUCCUUGACAAGUAGACCUUGAGUAGACCCGAGGCGAUACCGGCCGCAAUGAUGGACGUCUUCCCUUCGAGGGCACAUAGGCUGCCGCGGGCCCAUGGCACUGUCUAGCGUUGCUGUUCAAUUCUAUAAAGAUGGAAGAUGCCCGCCUUGCUCGCGUUAUUCUUUCAUCCUCCCGUGUCCUUAAGGUAUAUUCGACCGGAGACGAUUCGACCAACAGGAUGCAUCCACUCGAUAAUGAGCCCUCGUGGACCACUUUCAUCCGCAACGAGAACACGCUUUACACCAGACCGCUUCUAGGGUCUGAGUUACUAUCCGAACAAUUCAGUCGGUGGACCGACGGAAUCGGCGAGAUUUCCUUCGCCCUCACGCUCCGUUCGCCGCUGCCAUUUGACGAAGUGGCGUCAAGACUCCGGUAUGCCAUCGCGCAUCUGCGGUUCACGAGCCCACUUGUUGCGUCCGCCCUGGAGGAAGGUAUACACGAUCCGCGCUUCCAGUCCUGGGUUUACGCACCUGCAAGAUCCGUACAGGAUGCGUUAGACUGGGCCGAAGACGCAGUCGUCGUGCUCUCCGACCGCAUUCACGCAGACGACCUUACCGCCAAGGUCGUGAAGGGGCGCCUGCCCUAUGUCCUCCCAAACGGGCGCGAGCUCAUCUUCCGCUGCUUCCUCGCCCGUUCUCCUGCAACCGCCAUCAAUGGUGACGCUGGAACAAUGAAGGACGACGAGGUCUCUAUCUUAUUCCACAGCACCCAUGGCAUCAUGGACGCUCGGCCUACGCUCAGCGUGUUUUCGCUUGUGCUCGAGUGGAUGUCGAACCCUACCCGCGAGCCUCUUGAGACGCUUGCAUGGGGAACCGAGACGGAAAACUUACCUGUAGGCCCUGUGACGGCGACAGGGGGUCCACGUCCUACCUGGGAAACAGAGGGGAUGGCCCUCAUGGGGAAGAUCAUGCAAGAGCAUGCAAGCCCAGUGCGUCCGCUCUCCCUCACACCUCAGCGGCCGAAACUCGGGACCCUCGGGCAGGUUGUCAAGACGAUCGCAGCGCUGGACGAGGAUCAGACAGCGCGGGUCGUUGCAGCCACAAAGGCAGCAGGGUUUACUAUGUCCCAUCUUCUUGAAGCAGCCCACAAACUCGCCAUCCUAUCCUUCCAUGACACAAGCGAUCCUGUGGUGUGGAAUGCCCGCCUCUUGAACCCGAUGAUCUCCAUGGCACUUCAGCGGCGCUAUCUAGUGCCCCCUCACGACGGGAAAGGCAAGCUUGUCUCCGCCAUCUGCUACCUCCCCGCCUCUAUUCCCGUUGUGGACAUCCUCUCCGCCGAGCCGGACACGCCCAAGGGUCAUCUGCUUGCAGCCAUGCGCGGCUUCAAGGCCCACUAUGACGAGUAUCAGCGGAACCCACACUUGCCGCACGCCUGCGCUGCCGCUGCAGUGCUCGCGCCGCCGCUCGAACCCGUUGUGUCGAGUAACCCUUACUGCAGCGUGCUCUCUAACAUAGGGAUCACCGAAGAUUGGCUGCCGGACGAGUGGUAUCGUGACGGCGCUGAGAAAGGGGAGGGUCUUCUCAUUGAGGUGAUGGGAUUCGCGAUGUGUCAGAGGAUGACUAACGGAGUGCCGUCUUGUACUACGUGGACAAUACGUUCAAAGCUGCAUGUGCAGGUGUCGGUGAGUGAUGCCAUAUCACGCCCCAAUAUCGAAGGGGUAUGCUGACCAUGGAGGUGUGUAGACGAAUGAUCAGUGGAACGAAUCGUAUGUACGCUCGUUCGGGGAUGAGGUUUUGAAGCAGGCCUUGCACAUCCUGGACUAGCUUGAUGCAGAUCCUUGGUUGAGCACCAAGAGAUUACUUUUGUCUAGAGAAAGUUAUCCAUGGAUUCUGAGAGUAGGUUGUUCCAGAGCUUACACAGGUGAAGAAUGAAGCUGAAGCUCAGAAGUCACACCUUCAUUCGUCAUUCCCUCAUCGACACCACGUUCCGAACCACGGAAACGCAUUGUACAUUGGCACAGAAUGUCUAGCGCCAUUCGCAUUUGUGAAUCUACAUGAUGGGUUCGGUUCUUAUACGUCAGCUACCAGCUUCGCACUAGUGGCACUA